CGUUUAGAUUACAUUCGAACUGUCAAACAUUCCACAAAGGGAAACAUCAACAAUAACGAACGUAUCGGUGCAUCGCGCAUAGCAAGAACAUUUGCAGCCACAUUCAGGAACUGACUUAAGAAUAAAAUAAUACUGUAAAAUAGCUUUUCUCUGCAAUAUUAUCCAUCAACAAAUCACACCAUGUAUCAGAACAUUCUGUGUCGUGUUUGUGCAACGACGGAAACGGCGUGUGUUUUGGUGGACAAUUUUGAUAAACAGUGCAACCAGCCGUCGGUCGCAGAUCUGCUAUGCGAACUAGCUGGCCUUGAGGUGCGCGAUGAUGAUGGGUUACCGCAACACUGCUGUAUAGAGUGCUACACCGAGCUAGUGAAGGCAGCAUCAGUGAGACGAAAGUGUAUCGAGUCAGACAAACUCAUUAGAACUUACAUUGAAUCCAGCCUCGUAAACGCGGAAGAGCUAUGCGAAGUACAGAUCGAUGACGAAUCCAAUGUUUCCUCCGAGGACGAGCACGCUGCUGCAGCGGGGAAAAGCGGUUCACUCUAUCGCUGCUACGAGUGUUGUAUAGAUUUCCACAACAGCGAACGGUUGAGGCAGCACUACAAAUCGAAGCAUGCCAAUGCUAUCUACGGUUGGCAUAGCUUCGGAAUCAGUGAAACCUCUCUGUUCGAUUCCACUGACGAGGAUGUGGAAGACGAAGAGGAUGAAACAGAAAUUCGACCCGAGAGAAGAGCAAAGAGUUUGUUUGUUAUCGAAAAUCCGGAAUACUAUCGGUGCUGCGGCUGUAAAGAUGUGUUCGAUACAAAGGAAGAGCUCGAGGAACAUUCCGACCGGAUGCAUGCCCCGUUUGCAGCCAUCCACACCAAGGGCAAACCGUACAAGUGCAACAUAUGCUACUCUGGCUUUAGCCAACUCAGAGGAGUCAAAGCCCACCAAAUUAUGUACAGUUUUCCGCGCUUUCUGUGCAUAAUUUGUGGUCAGCUUUGCUGCACACUGAAACAUCUAAUGCAUCACGAGCGGACCCAUAGCGAACCUUCCUACAGCUGUGCCGACUGUGGUAAGGAAUUCGUGCACGAGAUGCAACUCCGUAACCAUCGGGAAGCCAAGCACCUUGAUAAAAGCGCAAGAAAGAAGUACGUUUGCGAUGUAUGCGGCAAGGAGUUGCUUGCGAAGGUGUCGCUUAGAAAGCAUACGUUGGUAGUGCAUUCUGGGGAACGCCCGUACGCCUGCAACCUGUGCGACGCUCGGUUCCAGAUCAAGGCGUACCUGACGAGUCAUAUGGCGGUACACAAUCGUCUGCACACCUGCGGGAAUUGCGAUAAGUCGUUCCCGUGCCAAAAAGCCCUUAUCGAGCAUAUGCGCAGCCACACGGGUGAACUAGCCGAGAAAUGCCCUCUAUGUCCCGCCAUGUUUCGUCAAAAGAACUCGGUUAGAAAGCAUUUAAAAGCGGCGCACCAACCAAACAGCGAGCGGAAACGGAAGUAUGGAUUCAGAAGAGUGACCAGAGUACGGUAAACGGCAGCCACUUAGUUUUCUCGUGCUCAGAAUUUCCCACAAUGUAUCAACCAAUGAACGAAAAUACAACAAAAAGACAACAACGUCGCACUUGGUAGUAGAGUGUUAUUUGUA